GCAUGCAUCCAUCCACCAGAUCCUCAUCACCGUUAUUUACUACUAUGCUAUACAUACCUAUACCAACCUAACAUUUCAAAAACAGCUUCACCACGAGCGAUAAUAUGCUUCAUCAACAAGAUAAGAUUGACCCACGGGAUAUUGAAAGGACACUUCAUACCUUACAAAAAACCUACACUAAGGUCCGAGCGAUAUCAAUAAUAUAAUGUACAGAUACCCCAUUUCUAUUUAAUAUGUCCGGAUCGGCAAUUACCGCAUAAUACAGCAUCAAACCUCCCAAACAAUUUGGCAUACAUUGGCUUACUCUAUGAACCUUCUCUUUCACCAAGUUAGAAUAGUACCCAAGCACCUUCCCAAGAGCUGUCGACUUCCAUUAUCAUAUUCUGCCCUCAACUGGAUCAGAUCCUCAGGCGUAAUUGACGCCAUAUGGCGAGCCAAUGACAAGAAAAUGGAGUCUGCGCCUGGGAACAAGCCAAAACCACUAGAGAGAUCAUAUCUAUCUGCGGCAGUGGAAUCGAUUUCACCAUGGGGAGGCUCUCGAGCAUCUACACCUAAAGCUACAACGCCUACGUUUCCUGGCGAAGGGUCAGGAUUAAAAAAUCAACAUGGUGGGGAUCACAGUACGAAUCAUUGGCAUGGAUGGAGCACUAAAAACUACCCUACCGAUUGCCCUCCGUUGAAUCCAAGAUGGUUCCAUGCUGUUGAUGUAGGUGUCAUUUUUAAAGAACUUUGGUUUUCAUAAGCUUACCGCUAUAGAUCCCCAAGAGGAAGCCGAAGCUCCUCAAGACCGAGCAGGAAGAAACCAAACCAGCAGCCCCUCCCAAAAAGUUUGUUACAUUCUCAGAGCACGAUUCUCGCGCAAUAGAAGCUGCAUACCAGAAGCUUGUCGAGGACUAUGGUAAUGGUAGAGAUCCACGGCAGAAGUCGCAGAGUGGCAAUUGGGAACAGACUUCUGGGAGUGCGGGUCAGAAGGCGAACACAAGUAUUAAUGAAGCUGGGAAUAAUGAGGAGGCUGAUAGGAGUAUCAAAGUUCCGGUGCAAGAGGACUUUUUAUUUGAUGUCGACAUCGAGAAGAGAGAGCUCUCACCAGUAUAUUGGCUUGGCGCGAUAUUUGAUGUCCGCAGAGGCAGCUGGUUUUAUCAAGAGGGUUCAGUCCUCAAACCUUGUGAGGAAAAUUUGGCCACACAGCUGGAGGAAGGAUAUUUGAAGGUUAAGCCUUUUCGCUAUCCUAAACCUCCAGAGAAAAAUACUGUUAGACCAUUGUCUGUUAAACCUGGAGAGGAACCGAGAUCAUUAGCGCGUAGUGGUGCUUUCGGAGGGACGAACCGCAAUGGCUCUCCCUCCGUGACUCCAAAGGGCUCAGCUGAGAACUUGAAAAUACCACAGCAUGGAUCUGAUGACGGCAGUGGACCAAAGGACUCACCGCCACCUCAUCAACCUCAGACCCAUCGUUUAUUUGGAACACACAUGAACUCUGUCGUCACUUAUCAAGAUGAUCAUGUGGCCUGGAUCUCGACUGAUAACAUCAUGUCACGGGUUAGUAGCACCGUUUACCAAAAGUUUGCAGGUGGAGGCUACUUAGGAGGUGUAAAGGUCGUACGUGGAUAUUCGGAGCCAGGCAAAACGAAAGACACAUCAACUACUGAUAGAGACAAGGGGCCGAAAACACCCACCAGUGCUGCUGCUGUUGCUUCAAGUACCCCGGAGUAUCUGCAGCUUGACGAGCGUCAACAAAAGCUACUGAAACGGCGAUCUGCACCUCCUAGCACAAGUCACUCCGAAGCUUUGCCAGGAGACAAGAGUAGCGAGCUUCGGGAAGCGGCUUACAAUAAACUAAACUCUAUAGAUGCGGAUGCAGAAGCUGAAGCAGAGAGGAAACGUGAUGAGAAAGAGAUACAGAAUGAUUAUAAUGAUCGAGAUGAUGAGAAUCAAGGGCGCAAUAUUGAACAUCUUAUUCUGGUAACACACGGUAUAGGUCAACGCUUAGGUAUGAGGUAUGUAUUCAAAUUCUUAUUUUUAUUUCCUUUACUAUUUGUUUUUCGACUGGUCGUUCUCAUCGACCCUAUGUCCUAUGCGCUGGCAGUAUCAAUCUUCAGAGGCAUAUUACACACCGUUCCUAGUUUCUAUAAUGUCUGCAAUAGUCAAUACCAAAGAAUUGGUGGACUUUAGUGGCAUUCUUGGAAGAAGGCUUGCUUCUGAAGAUGAGUUAAUGAUGCGAAAUCAGCCGGGAAAGUGUGCAAAUCGAUUUUCAUUUCUCAAUGUUUCCAAUUGUAGAUGCCUCUUUUAGUGCCUUUGAGAAUAAUUGUCGUUUAAUUUAUUAAUGUUACAAUAGGACUGAAAGUGUUAAUUUCGUCCAUGACGUAAAUGCUCUUCGCCAAACGCUGAAAACCGUGUACGGAAACUCCGCCGAUUUGCAGGCUCUAAAUGGGGAGAUUGAUAAGCUCCCCAAGAAUUGCCGUGUUCAGGUUCUUCCUAUCUGCUGGCGUCACUUGCUUGACUUUCCUCGCAAAGGCGUCAGGCAGAAUCGUAAAGAGCAUGAUCUUGGUGAUGCCUUCGGGGAAGAGGAAGAAUAUCCAAGCCUUGAUGAUAUUACAGUGGAGGGUGUACCAUUUGUUCGCUCUCUCAUCACCGAUCUUGCUCUUGACAUUUUACUAUAUCAAAGCGCUUACAGAGAACACAUCAGCAGUAUCGUUCUUACCGAGGCAAAUCGAAUUUACAAUCUUUUCCGAGAACGCAAUCCAGAGUUUUCGGGGAAGGUUAGCUUAAUUGGACAUUCCUUAGGAUCGGCGAUUUUGUUUGAUAUUCUUUGUCAUCAGAGAGAAACCAAAUCCCGCAGUGCCAGUUCUUCGCAGUACAAAAGCCGUUCUGUUCCAUCUACCAAGUCACAUGGUAAGAGUCUCGAAUUCGAUUUCGAAGUGGAGGAUUUCUAUUGUUUGGGAAGUCCUAUAGGAUUGUUCCAGAUGUUGAAAGGAAGGACUAUUGCUGCCAGAAAUCGUACGGAAUCGCUGCUCGCCGAAAGUCCGAUGGAUCUGGACUCGAUGCAAGAUCCUUUCCUGGCGACUGGUUCGGGUGUGGGCUUCUCGUCAGGAGAACAUAUAUCUAGCACGACAGGAUUGCCCUACUCAAUUUCUAGCCCUAAAUGCGCUCGGUUGUACAACAUCUUCCAUCCAACAGAUCCGAUUAGUUAUAGACUUGAGCCUUUGAUUGCCCCUGCGAUGUCAUCCAUGAAGCCUCAGCUACUACCGUAUACGAAGAAAGGUAUCUUCGGUGCAAAUAUGAAUCAAGGAAUCACAGGCAUUGGUGCAAAAGUAGGACAAAGCGUUAGUGGAUUAUGGUCUAGUCUAAGCUCUGGCAUUGCAAGUAGUCUCCUUAACCGCAGUCUCGGACUCACAGGCGAAGAUGUCGAAAGGAUGCAAGCAUCGAAUUCAUCAAACACCAAAGGACAAUCCGCAGGGGCAGGAACCAGUAUAACAACAGGAGUCAUCCUCGACCAUCCUACGCUGCAGAGAGAACACACAACCGAAAAGAUGAGGCAGCUCGCUGAAGACACGGCUGCAGCAGAUAGAGAUGGCAUGGGUACGGCACCUACUUUGAUCGAUGAUGAGAUCGAGACGUUGUAUGCGGGAUUCCAGAAGAGGAGAAGGACUGAUAUGCCUGAUUCUGAUAGGGCUGAGGUGGAGGAGAAAGCGAAGAAAUUGAGGAGGGAGGAAAUGAAGGUUAGGGCAUUGAAUCAAAAUGGCAGGGUAGACUUCAGUAUUCAAGAGUAGGUUCUAAGAUUCCCCGGCCCCGCACGACUCUUCUUCAAAGAAGUCAAUGCUAAUCAGUCAUAGAAGCGUACUUGAUUUCAACCCGAUCAACACGAUUGCUAGCCAUCUUUCAUAUUGGUAUGUCAUGGACUUUUAUCCACCCCUUCUAUAGUUGGAAAAAGCUUUCAGGAAAGAAAAUUAUCAGAUUCUAACAACACAUAGGGCCGACGAAGACGUAUCACAUUUCCUCAUCGGGCAACUCCUCUCGCGCCAUCGAACAGUCGCCCGCUUAAACAGUACAAGCGAUAGUAGCAGCAAGCGGAAAAGCAAAAAAUAAGAAAAAAACAACAUAAAGAAUGAUUAGAGUGAAAAAGAAGUAAAUGCAUCGUAUCGCGUCUCGUCCCAUUCAUAGAUACCUACUCCUAUUCAACUCCUACACAAGAAAAAGGUGGGGAGGGAAGGGGAACGGAUAUGUGAACCGGAAAUAGGAUAGGAUAGGAUAGGAUAUCACCAUCUAAUCUACAACUAAAUAGGCGCAAGAGAUAGGAAUAUAUAUUAGGAUUACAUAACAUUCUAUACCAUAUGAUAUGAUGAUGUUAUACAAUGUAUAAUACAAGAUUAAGCUUACUGUGGAAAAAUAUAACAGU